AAAAUCACGUUUGUCAAUAAUCACAUGACGUUCCACUAAGGGUCCCCCAAUAAAUUAUUUUACUUCGAUUUUACUGCGGGUUAAGGAAGAGGGGCUCACAAAAUGGCAAUUUGCGGUCCGAAAUGUUCCCUGUGCGGUCUCAUCAUCAGUGCGUGGGGAAUCAUUCAAUUGGCCCUGAUGGGGAUCUUUUACUAUGUCGAGGCGGUGGCUCUGGCAGAAGACGUGCCCGAGGUCUCGUCCUAUAAAAACCUGCAAGAUUUCUACAGUCAAAUGUCCAAUGGGUAUCAGCAGAACGCUUAUAAUUGCUGGAUCGCAGCUCUAUUAUACUUGAUUACUAUGGCCUUCUCUGCCCAUCAGUUUUGGCUUAACAACAGGUCCUCGUUGAGUGUGUAAAGGUGGUUUUUAAACAUUUUUUUUUAAAGGGAUUUUACUUUUACUGUAUAUACAUGAUUUAUUAAGAGAAGCCAGAUAUUUAAGGAUGACAUUCAGUAUUUUUCAUUGUUUAUUCCCUUAGCCCCCUUAAUCUACUUUAUUGUACACCUUUUUUCUUCAUUUUAAUUGGUUUUUAGUAUAUGUUAUUUAGUUGUAAUGAAUAAAUGAUUAGUUUAA